GUGGAUUGAUCGACUGAGGCGGACUCUCUCUUCUUUAUAAAGCCCCAGUGAAUGACAUUUCUCCACUAGUGGCGAUAACAACUACAGCUGGAUUUCACCGCUGUCUCCAGGUGGAUCUGACGACAGGAAUGGCGUUCAAUAAGACGUAUAUUCGCGUGGGCUACUCGUGUAUGGGGAUGCUGGUGGGCUUUUCGGCGUUUCUGGUGUGGAACAUCGCUUACAAACAGCCGUGGACCGCCGCGAUGGGAGGAUUAUCAGGAGUUUUGGCAUUAUGGGCUCUGGUCACACACAUCAUGUACAUCCAGGACUACUGGAGAACAUGGUUAAAGGGCCUGAAGUUCUUCAUGGCCAUGGGUGUCAUUUUCUCGGUGCUGUCCAUCGUCGCGUUCAUCUCUUUCCUCUGUGUCGCCAUCUCACGCCAACAGUCGCUCACAGAUCCCACCAGUCUGUACCUGUCAUGUGUGUGGAGCUUCAUGAGCUUGAAGUGGUCCUUCCUGUUGACCCUUUACUCGCAUCGAUAUCGCAAAGAGUUCGCAGACAUCUCCAUCCUCAAUGACUUUUAAACACACAGCAGCACACUAGUGUCCACAGGUAAACAAUCACAAACAUACCACAUGUGCUCGGCUGUUAGCGUGCAGACUGGAGCAGAAACACUCAACGAGGAGAGUCUGAAAGUAGGAUAUCAGUAGCAGAUCAUUCUCUCUUUCUACACUCGUCUGUCCAGCGCUCUUAAGUUUUAAAUCUGGACUUUUUAAACUCUAUGAUCAAUGUCAGUCUUUCUGAGCCUUUUUACAUUGAAUGAGAUGUUAAGAAGAGUUUCUGUCUUUCUCCAAGCUGCUGUUUUCUUCUUGUCUUGAAUGUUUUUCCUUCUGCUGUUUCAUUAUGAGAUACGAGUGACAGUUUUUAAUUGAGCUGGAGAAUGUCACACGUUCUCCUGCUACCGCACAGAUGUCUGGUGUUUUUUUUAAAAUAAGCACUUUAAUGUCCUUUAGUAAGUGGUUUAACCAUCACAAACGCUGUUCCUUUGGGAAUCUUGAGGCUUUAUAGGUGAAGGAUGUGCUGUUUGGAAAGGUUAUGGUUCUUUGUUCAUGGAUUGAAUGAUUUUUGUAGCGUAUGUUUCCACAAGACAAACAGGGUUUUUCAUAUUGAACAUCAAAUGUCUGUCAGCUGCGCUCAGACAUUAAUGCACGAGUUUGUUGUUCUAUAACUUUGAGCUUUCUUUUUUUUACAUAAUUACGCAAAAACAUUGUAUUAUACUGUUUAGAAUGGGUUUUUUUUGCUUUCGCCUCAACUUAUGUGAACAAAUCCAUUAUAUUGUAUUACAAAAUCAAUAUCUUUAUGUAUGUGUGAGUGGCCCAUUAAUAAAAUAACCUGUUAUUAUGUCCUUA